AUGCCCCCUCUGCAACUGGCCCCUGUGACAGUGAUGGCGUUGAUUCUCAUGGUGGCUCUGACUUCAGCUAAAACUACGCCGCGACCCAAAUACUCAUACACCAAGAAGCCCGUACGAGAGCUUCCAAAGACAACCAUGGGGUGGCACAACAUCCCCACAAAAAUCGUCCACCCAAUAGAGCAACCUGCAGCAGUAGCACAGCACACCACCACAGAAACCACCACUGUCCCCAGCGAGGUGGCCGCGGACUAUGCCCUUGGAGGAACAGCGGCCACUGGUGGUGGACUGGAGAAUUACACAUUGGAUUAUAAUGAGUGCUACUUCAAUUUUUGUGAAUGCUGCCCUCCGGAGAAAGGACCUCGCGGGAUGAAGGGGGACCGGGGACUGCCAGGUCCCCCAGGUGAAAAGGGUGAACAAGGCUUAAGAGGAUUGGCUGGCCCCCCAGGUUUGGCUGGACCAAUAGGAGUCAGAGGAGAAAGAGGCGCCAAGGGUGACCCAGGAAGCAGUGGGGCAGCAGGAACUCCUGGAGUACACGGGAAACCAGGGGAUAGAGGUGACCUCGGCCCAAAAGGUGAAAAGGGGGAAGCCGGCGCCAUGGGCCUCAGGGGAGACAGCGGCGAGCGGGGAACCCCCGGUGAGAACGGCACCAAAGGAGAACCCGGAGACACAGGCAAGGCCGGGCCGCCUGGCCUACCGGGAGAGAAAGGCAUCAAGGGAGACAACAGCGACUGCGGGGCCAUGAUGGAGAGGCCCGCCAAGGGUGACAAGGGCGACCAGGGGGCCCAGGGCGUCAGAGGAGAGUCCGGCACCCCGGGCCUGAACGGCAUGCACGGCGCUCCGGGCCUACCAGGCGAGCGUGGCGAGCUUGGCAAGCCCGGUCCGCCGGGGGAUGUCGGGCCGCAGGGGCCGCCGGGGACGGUGGGGAUGCGCGGACUCCGGGGGAUGAAGGGGGACCGCGGCAUGCAGGGGAAGCGUGGCGACCGCGGCCCGCGCGGCAUGAAGGGCGCCAACGGCCAGGUGGAGGAGCGUCCGCGCUCGGGCUUCAGCGUGGGCCUCUUCCCCAGCAAGUCCUUCCCGCCGUCGGGCUUCCCCAUCCGCUUCGACAAGGUCUUCUACAACGGCGAGAACCACUACGACCUGGCGCAGAGCAAGUUCAACUGCACCCACCCCGGCGUGUACGUGUUCGCCUACCACCUGACCGUGCGCAACCGGCCGCUGCGGGCCUCGCUGGUGGUGAACGGGGCGCGGCGCCUGCGCUCCAGGGACACGCUGUACGGCCAGGACAUCGACCAGGCGUCCCAGAUGAUCCUGCUGCGGCUGGCGCAGGGCGACCAGGUGUGGGUGGAGACCAUGAGGGACUGGAACGGGGCCUACUCCAGCAGCGAGGACGACAGCACCUUCACCGGCUUCCUGCUCUUCCCGGACACCCCCACCUGA